AUGUAUAACCCAUUUGCAAUGGAAUGGGUGAACGUGGUUGAUGAGUUGGAAUGGAUUCAUAGAAACAGUUAUAACGAAGACAAGAAGGUUUAUAAACUACCGUUCGAUUUAGGUAGUGGGGAUCUGCGACUAACAUCUCCUAAUGAAACUAGAGUUGUAGUCCAAAAUGUGAAAAACAAUAUUCGCAAAGGCACAUAUAUUUGUGUUAGUAUCGAAACCAUCGAUGAGAAUGGCCGUAAACGAAACAGGGGAGGUGACUUCUUCACUGCUGGCAUGACGAAUGUUGGUCUAGGAAAGAGUACGGCUGGUCGUGUUGUUGAUCACGGCAACGGCACAUACCAUGUUUAUUUCUAUGCGGCCUGGGAGGCUAUCACUUAUAUUAAAGAUAUAAUGAAGAGAAAGGAAGAACUUCUUGGAUUUGCUGCCAACUACAGCGAUGGUAAAAACACAGAGGAGACCCUUUGUUCUCUCAUCAACGAAGGUGUGUGGUCAAACAGAUGUGAAUACAUAAAUCCCAACUCUCUGGGAAAAACAGUGCUUGGUUGUAAAAAACUAGAUCGAUUCAGAUGUGACCAGAUUACCAACGUAUGGGCGGGUGUUAAAGGAUUAAACCGUGUUGCUAUAGAUGAAGUAAAGAGGGUUAAAUAUUUAUUUGAAGGCAAAUAUAGCACAGUGAAAUUAAAAGGAACUCCAAUAAAGUUAAAUAUAUUGGAUGCUGUAGUAAGUCCUCCGCAACUGCCGAUGUGCGGUCCCGAUCUACCUAUACCAUUAUCAGAUGGCUACUGGGUGAACUUUACCACUUUCGUUCCUCUUGUUUGUCAAAGUAAACAAUGGAAACCAGAAGAAACUGACAAAUGCUUAGCUGACACAGAGAUCCUUGGUGUUGGCGACUCAACACUUGGACCAUUAGCUUACGAAUUUAUCAAAUCACCAGAAAUGUGGAAGAAAAACUUUCAUUUUAUGACGCCGCGAAUUGCCGGUCCAAAAGUUCCGAUUAUGGAGACUGUAUUCGAAAGCGAUAUGAUUAAUAAUAUUACCAAAGCACAAUGUCAAACCAAAACGCCGAUAGUGCUUCUAAAUUUCUGUUUUCACUACGCGUUUUGGUCUACCAGAGGAUACGUGGAACGUCUUGUGCGAGUGAAGCUGGCGGUGGAACGACUUUUUCAAAGGUGUCCAAAUUCGAAAGUUCUACUAAAACUAGCACAUGCGCGGGAUAACCUAUAUAAGGCACAGAAUAUACACAGCAACAACUGGAUAUUCUACGAUAUGAACAGAAUACAACGACGUAUAUUCGGUGGAACUGGCGUUCUUUUCCUCGACCCUUGGGAUUUAACGAAUUCAGCGUUUCAAGAAAACACUAUUCACAUGGGUCCUACGGUCCGACGCCAAGAGUCGUUUCUCGCGCUAUCAUAUUUAUGUCCAGAAAUGGCGAUGGUGCAAUAG